AAAGAAGUUAGUUUCAGUUAAUUAUUCAUAGUUAACAUGAAGUUCUUAUUGCUGGUUGUGGCUUUAGCUGGUGUUUCUCAAUCACUUAAAAGUGGAGAGAAAAACAUCGAAUUCACUGAAAAUGGUUUUGUGAUCACCGACGCUUCUGGAAAACAAAUCACCAUCAACAAGCAAAUUGGACCGUUCGGACCUAAGAGCAUUGAUGUCACAGUUAGUGGACCUUCAAUUCCAACCAAGAGAAUACACCUCGAUGACAAACAAAAGGAAGUCACCAUAAACGAUGUCAAUGUCAAUGAUUUGAACAACGUUGAUUAUGCCGAUGAACAAACCAGAACUAAAAGGUCCAAAUCUGAGAAGUCAAAAUACCCUCUUAAAACUCAAACUGACGUUCUUGGUGAAAUUCUCAAAAAUUUCGAAGGUGUAAAUGAUGACGUCACAUACGAGAAAUUGCUUUCAAAAAUCAACAAAGCAGUUCAAAAGGGAGAACUUAACCCUAGCAUCUACGAAAUCCUCAAGCAAUUUCAAGGAGAUUUUGUUGCUCAACAACAAUACCAAGGUCAAAGAGAGGUUGUUCAAGGUCAACAAGGUUUAACCCAAGUCCAAAAACCAUUCUAUGGAGAACAGUACUAUAAAACUUAUCCUUACAAAAGUCAACAAUACCCAAACUACCAACAAUUUGAUGGUUACAACAGUUACCCAACUCAAUAUCAAGCUUACAGAAGUCAAUACCAACAAUACCCAUUCUACCCAUACUACCAAAAAAUUGAAGGUUAUAACAGCUACCCAACUCAAUACCAAGGUUAUGGGCAAGUAGGACCACAAAGGUACUUCCCUGGAUUCUGGAGAGAUUACCAAUACCAACCUCAACAAUAUGGAGGUUACCAACAAGAAAAAUAUUACCAAAAUCAAUACCCUUUCUACCAAGGUUAUGAAGAAUUGGCAUAUUAGAAGAACAAUUGCAGAUUACUGAUGGACUAGAAAUGCAGGUUUAUAUUUUUUAUAGUUAAGCAAUAAAAUGAGUUUUUGGUAAAAUGUGUUUUUUUAAUAACUGAUAUAUUAA